UUUUAGUCCCAUAACAUUAUCACGUGAUAGUUUUCAAUUGUUAUCUUCAAUUUGGGACUGUUUAUAAAAAAAAAGUUUUGAGUGUCUUUGUUUUCUGAUAAAAGAGGAACUAAAUUUAAAACGUUGCCUUUUGUAGACAAGACGUACCUUACUAGCUGAGUUUUUGGUUUGUUGGCUUGGGGAAGCUUGAGCCAUGAGUUGGAAUUCAGGAAUGACCAGUAAGAAGAACUGGUGCAGAUGGACAGCUUGAAGCCACGCUGAAAAAUCAUUUGUAAAGUCAUUUUAAGAGCCAUUCACAUGACAUGUCUGACAUUGAAAGCAAUGGAGUUGACCAACAUGAUGAGGAACCUGAAGAGGAGUUAACAGAAAGCUUUUGUAGCCCCAAUGAAGAAUUGCUUUAUCUGGCAAGGCAUGGCAAGGAGAAUUCAUUGGCUGAGAUCUUGGUGACCUGCCAAGAUAACAAAAGGAUGAAAUUUAACAUUAACUGUAAAGGUACUCAUAAAUCCAAUAGAGGAUGGACAGCACUCCACCUAGCCAGUUAUUUUGGUCAUACAUCAGUGGUCAGAGUGUUGCUAGAGUUUGGUGCAGUUGUGAAUAUUUUAAAUGAUAGUGGAGAAAGUCCUCUACACCUAGCUGCUUACACAGGACGAGAGGAAGUUGUUGGCCUCUUGUUGAGUCAUGGAGCUUCCACUAAAGUUAUUAAUUUACAGAAUCAGACUCCUCAGGAUAUCACAAAGUCUCAGCACAUUAAAGACAUGAUUGAAGCUACUGAAAGCUCUGCCACAUUGCAAGCUCAAUCUGCAUUUCUACUGGCUGCAGCCACAGGAAAUACAGUGGAACUCUCUGAAUUGCUGUCCAGUGGGAAUAUUGACAUCAAUGUACAUGACACAUUCGGCAACACUGCCUUACACCUGGCCGCCAUGAGAGGCCACGUUGUUACAGCCACACUUCUCUUGCAGCUUGGUAUUGAUUCUAGUCUACAAAACUCUGCAGGGCAAACUGCAUUGGACCUGGCCACUGACAAUAAGACCAAACAAGUCCUUGGUGUGCUGCCUAUUAAAGCUAUCAUCAGUCAGCCACAGAGAUUUGAAGGGACAUUGUUAAAAAAAAAUAAUUUUGUGGGCUUCAAACCUGUGUGGGCUGUUCUUGAAAGAGGCGUCCUCUCUUUUUUUUUAAACAGGGGUGAUGCUUCUACUGGAUUCAAAAGAAAAGGAAUGAAAUAUCUUGAUGAGGCAAAGCUCUCAACUUCAAAUCUGAUUCCAACAGAGUUUUUGUUGGAGUACUCUGAUGGCUCAAAGCAUUUAUUACGCCUGACUGAAACUGGGGCUGGUUCUCAAGUUAACAUGCAGAAAUGGCUUUUGGCCUUGAAAGAGCACAUAGAUUACAGUACUCAUUAUAUUCAUCAAGGGGAAGAACCAGUCAUUGAUGCAAAUUUAAUAGUCUCCCUUGGAACUAUGCAUAACUCACUACAAAGUGCACAAGCCUAUAAAAAACACCUGGAGAAACAAAUCAAAUCCUUACAAGAAUCUCUAGUCAAUCUAAGCAAGCAGGUAACAGAGAAUGGAAAUGGAAGUAAUAAUAUGGCAAGAACUCUCACAUCAGCUGACCUAAGACUGCUGGCUUCUCAAUCUUCAAGUAUUCUCUCAUCAUCACAGGAAAUGUUGUUGGCCUUGACCCACUGUAUGAACUUGAUGAUCCAACAGGAAGAGCUCAGAGAGGUUCAGCUGAAAGAAGAGCGCGAGCGAUGUCGUCUGCUUCAAGACUCGUUGCACGCGCUGGCCACGGAGCACCUUGAGCUAGAGAAGUCCAUAUCCAGGCAUCACUCGUUUCUUUCCAUGGAGGAAGAAUUUUUUGACUGCGAUGACAUCACAGUAGGUUCUCCCGUUGGGGAUGCCUUCGCCGAUUCUUAUGACCUGUCCGUUGAUGAUAACAGGAGAAAUGAAGAAAAGAAAUCCAGCUAUGGACGAACCAAGCUUCCUGUACCCAUGUUUUCCAGAUCAGACUUUAGUUUCUGGAGUAUUCUCAAACAAUGUAUUGGAAAGGAGCUUUCAAAGAUUACUAUGCCAGUUGUGUUUAAUGAGCCUUUGAGUUUUAUACAGAGGCUAGCAGAGUAUAUGGAGUAUGCACCAUUGAUAGAAAAAGCAGCCAAUUGUGAUAAUCCUAUAGAAAGGAUGGAGUAUGUAACAGCUUUUGCCAUAUCAGCUCUGUCUUCAAAUUGGGAAAGAAUUGGGAAACCCUUCAAUCCAUUACUUGGGGAAACUUUUGAACUUGACAGACCUGACCUUGGUUUCAGGUUCAUGGGAGAACAAGUCAGUCAUCAUCCUCCUAUCACAGCGGUAUACGCUGAGGGCAAGGCCUACGCCUUACACGGUUCUAUACAGCCUAAGCUCAAGUUUUGGGGAAAGACUGUUGAGAUUAGUCCUAAGGGACAUAUAUAUUUAGAACUACAUAAUUAUAAAGAAACUUACACAUGGCAGAAUGUCAAUUGUUGUAUACACAAUGUGAUAGUAGGCUCUUUGUGGGUGGAGCAUUAUGGCACAAUGGAAAUCACCUGCAAUAACAGCAACGUAAAGGCAGUUGUCAAUUUCCAUCAGAGCGGCUGGUUUGCUAAAGAUCUCCAUCAUGUUGAUGGCUACAUAUAUGACGGCAAAAAGAAAGAGCGUGCACUCUAUGGCAGCUGGGUGCUUGGUAUUUACUCCUGUCCACCAAAUGAGUAUGACAAGUUCGUAAGCGACACUGAAGCCAUGGCUAGAUACCGCUCCAAGGAUAAAAAAGACAAAGAAAACCAAAAGGCGACAUUGAUUACCUACAACUAUCAACUUCCAGGUCAGAAAACUUUAUGGCUGGUCAAUCCUCGAUCACCAGAAUCAGCAGAAUACUACCACUUCUCUCUGUUCUCCAUGACACUGAAUGAGCUUCUUCCUGGCAUGCUGGAAGCUCUGCCUCCCACUGAUUCACGUCUGCGACCUGACAUUAGAAGUAUGGAGGAAGGCAAAAUAGAUCAAUCAGCUGAGGAGAAAAACAGAGUAGAAGAAAAACAACGAGAAGCGAGGAAAGAAAGGAAAAAGAAAAGUAAAGAUUGGCAGCCCAGAUGGUUCACCCUACGGAAAGUCGGAGGUCAUGAAGAAUGGAUAUUUAACCGCAACUACUGGCAAAGAAACUGGCAAGAUUGUGCUGAUAUCUUUUGAUCUCUCACUCUCAAAUAAACUGCACAAGUAGAUUUUCUUUUUUUUUUACAAACUUUCUGCAAGGAAUUAAUUCAUAUGCUGUUUAGGCUGUUAGCAGAGUGCUAAUUAAGUCAUGUUUUGUCAACUCAUAUUUCGAGCAAGCUUUGUCUGGCCUAAUUAGGUCAUGGUUUGUCAACUCCAUUUAGAAAAAGCUAUGUCCAGGUCUAAUUAUGUCAUGAUUGGUCAACUUUAUUUAGAGAAAGCGUUGUGAGACCUAAUUAGGUCCUGGUUUAUCAGACCAAAUUAAGUCUAUUUUUUCAUGUACACAAGAGGAAAAAAAAAAAGCUGUUUCUGAGAUAUUUUUUAAGCAUUCUGGAUUAUCUGUUGAAGAUAUUUCUUUUCUUCUAUUGUACAUAAAUUGACUGGCAGGGAUCUGAUGUGUGUUGUUAAAUCUGCAUGAGAGAGCUACAUAUGUUUCAGAUAUGUAAAGAAAUGGUCAUGAUUUAUUUAUUGCAUUGUUAACAGUUUAUGGUUUUCUGGGUUUGUUUUUAUUUUCCAUUCUCUGUGCUAAAGCUGCUAUAGAUUUCAAGCAAUAAAACAAGUUGGUAGAACUUUUUAAUAUAUAUAUAUUUUGAUGCUAGUAGUACAGCUGUCAGUCAACUUUUGUGUCCCUUUUUCUGUAAUAGCUGUGCCACUAUCCUGGAAACUUGGUGGUUUGACACAAUUUUUUUUAUUUGUUAAUGUGAAGAUCUAGAAGUCAUAAAAUUGAUAAUUUUUUGGGUGUCAUCUUCCACUUUCCUUUCUUUUCCCAUGUUGUGAACUGAAUAGUUCAAACAAAAAUUUUUUUUUCUUACUAGCAUUCCUAAUUCCAAUUUUUUUUUGUCCAGCAUUAAAACAAGCCAGUGUGUUAUGUGUAGUCAAAUCUAUAUAGGCUACAUACAUGUGUGUACAUAUUUGAAUGUGUGUGUUUAUCUUACAUUGUCUGUUAGAACCAAUGGUAUUCUUCGAACUGUUGUGUUAACAUUGGGCAGCUCUAGUUAAAAGUGCUACCACGUCUGGAAAUCCUGAAAUAUAAAUUAGCAAUCUUAUCCUGUUGGGUUACUUCGAGAUAUUUAAACUAAUGUUUGUUAGACAGAUGUUAUAUUUAAACAAAUAUUAGUUUAGAUUGUCAUUAUAUUUAAACAAAUGUUUGUUAGAUAGCCAUAAAUGACAUUUUCUUAUCCAUUCUUUUUGAUAUUGGUGGAAAGGGUGUAACCUUUUUUUCUCUUUUAGGAAAGAUGGUGAAGCCACUUGAAUUUCUGUUAAACCUUCAAAGUUUUAACCAAUCCAAUUUUGUAUAUGCCUACAUCAAAAAACUUUGUUGGUUUUAUUCUUUACUCCCUCGUUUAUUAUCCUGAAUAAUUUAAACACAAGGAAUAUUUAUACCUGGACUUGUACUAGUGUAGACCAGUGAGUGUCUACUUCACCAUGCUGGCCCAGCUGCUGGUGGCAUAAUGAGUUUGUUGUUUGCAUUUUUGUUUAAAGAAGCUUUAAAAUGCAACUAUUUAUAGAACACCUACUUCUGAGCAAUGAUCAACAAACUUCUAUUACACUGACCCCCAGCUUAUGCUAGAAAAGUACUUCAAUUUUAAAUACAUGUGUUCAUGUUAUUAAGAAGACAUUGUACAAAAUAUUAACUGACUAGAUGCUGUCACAAACUGAACUUUAUAACUAAUAUGAGUUUACUGUAUAUAAAAGUUAACCAUUGUAAGUUGUCAUGACGCAGGGCCUUAGCAAGAUUUUAGAGCUUCUCAAUUAAAGAUUGUUGCUCUCUAUAUUCCAAAUCUAUUUUUGAUUCUUUUUACUAGAUUAGUAUUUUUUAUUUUUUUCUCUGUACUGGUAAGUGAAAGUUUAAUCAGAUUUUAAUGGGUUUUUUAUUUAUUUAUUUAUUUCAAUGAUAAAAUAUAUUUUUUAGAACUUUUUUUUUGUUGAGAAAAUUCAUACUAAGGUGUUAAAAUUUCGCAUGUGUCAUGUGACUACCACUCGAUAGCUGUGUGUGUUAAUGUGAUAUUGAACACACUUUGCAUAACUAUCACAGAAACAAAGAUCUCACAUUGUCUAAUGUACUAGUUCUCUGAGCUUUUUUUUUACCCAGUUGUGACUAGCUACCACUAAUGUUCUUUUGGGUUGCUCUGGCUUGAUAUUGAAAACAUCAGCAAAAGGAUAAAUUAUCGAGGGCUACAUGUAUUAUUAUACAUCCAUAACUUGUGAGUAGGAAUGAAAUCAUAAGUACGUCUAUUCUUUUCUUUCUUUUUUCUACUCCCCAUGACUUUUUAUAUUAAGAAGUGCAAGCUGCGUUACAUGUGACAGCGAAUUAUGUUGCAUGUAGCUGGGUGUGUAUUGCUCAGCGUUUCCCCAUACAUUAGGGAAAUCAGUUUUAGGCUCUGCUACUAGUGUUACCAUUAUAGAACAUUAGGGAAAUCAGUUUUAGGUUCUGCUGCUAGUGUUACGUUUCCUCAAACUUUAAGAUUCUUUAAAACAAGUGUUUGUAUCACUCAGUGUAGAGCAUUAGCUCCUUUUAAAUAUCACUUAAAGCCUUUUGGUAAUACAAUACGUCAGGACUUCAUUAAAUGCAUAUAAACUAUAAGAAUUUUAAAACGGCUUGAAAUCAUGCAGAAAUGACAAUAUUGCCACUUACCCUUACAGUUGAGCAGUAAGUUUAGAGCAGCAUGGGGAGGGGGGGGGGACUGACUGUAUAGCCCAAAUCUCUUUCUACUCUAUUGAUGUAUACAUGUAUAGAACUUACAUUGUAUGACCCAGUGCCUAUUUUAGAGGUACAGUAUCUGUAAGUGAUUUGUAACAUUAGAAAUAUAGAAUAGCUAUGCAGUGCUGUUCUUGACUACUAUACACACAAAAUAAUGUUCUUAUAUAAUAUCAGUGUCUGGAGCUCUGUACAAAAAAGUGCAUGCUUCCCACUGACCUAGAGAUCCAGUACAAAUGGAACAGAUCAUGGGUGAGGCUUUAAGCGAAACUAUACUAGCAUACUGGGCAUGAUUGAGUACAUUUAAUGCUUACUUGUUAAAUAUCAGUAGUUUUACUGUUGCAGUAAAUGACACAUUCUGCUAUUAGAAGUGGAUGUAAACAAAAUAGUUGGCUUUUUUUUUUUCCCAACCUACAAAAACAUUUCACUUGUAUGGUAACACUAACAAUUACUAGCAUUGAGAACUGGUUUGGAUUUUCUUUGCAGUUUUAUUUUUUCAGGGAAGAAUAAAAUGUUGUAGAUUGAAAUUCUGGUCUCCCCUUGUGUUUUUUUUUCUCUUUGAUCUUUGAAGUUAAUGAACUUUUUUUAAAAAAAGGUUAAUGACUGAACUUUUAUUUGAUUGCAGUUUUCUAUUUUCCACAAUUUUUAGAGAAUAACUUGGUAGAUGUUUUAUUUCUUUACAAUUUUAAUCAAACUUUUUUGUUAGAUUUGUGAUUUCUAAAAUAAUUUUUAAGGGAUUUACAUGUAUAAAAUUAUUUUUUUUACCAUACUACCCAAAAUGUUGAGUCUAUAUAUAAAAAGGUAAAAAAGUGCAACAGAAAAAUAGUGUUUUACCAGAGUUAACCUACUGGUGUAUUUUGUUUAGGCAGAAGAUAAUGUGAUUUGAUAGCACUUUAUAUAUUAAUAUAACUGCAAUACGUAGUUAAGAACUUCUAAAGAAAUGGAACUUAUCUAUGACACAUUGAAAUAAACAAUAUUAUGUUAAAAGUCUAUUGGGGUAAUGGUCAAACCAGUUGCUUCUAAACUUCUCAGAGCCAUGUGUAUUGAAGACAUUUUGUUUUUCAAUCCAGACUUAAAUUUUGAAACAGUCAACAAUUACACUGUUACAGUUGUUACCUGCAAUUCAGUUUACAUCUUCUACAUUUCAUACUUCUGCUUACAAACUACAUGUCCAUGAAAGAGAAGCCUGUAUUUUUAUGUUAGUGUAUAAUAAUUGGUUUCCUAUGUUUAGCAUAAUAUUCUGAAUGUUGUGCAGCUAAUAUUUCAAAUGAAAUAUGCAAUAUGUUUGUUUAUAGCCUGUUAUGUCGAAUGUUGGACUGAAAUGUUGACAAUUUUUUUUCCUUAAAAAAUGCAAAACAUUGACACCUAUAUUUAAAACCACCGUUUGUUGUGUUGCAUAGUUUAAGCCAACAAAACCACACUUUUAGUGCCUGUGUGUUUGAAUCCAGUAGUUUAUACUGUUAAUGCUUGUGUGUUUGAAUUCAGUAGUUCUGUGUUCAUUCUGUACAUGCAGCUCCAUCAAGCACUAAAUAAAGAAUGUAAACAACACAAAAA